CUGCUCCCAUUAGCGCUCAUGGUGAGCGCCCUCUGUCGGAGAAUAGCAGAACUAAUAUAAAUCAUACAUGCAAAAAUAGAAACAAAUUCCGUUCAAAAUAAAUUUAUUCAAAAGAGGCAAAUGAAUUUCUCAACUAGUGGAAACGAUUUCCAAGAAUCUCAGGUCGAAUCUUCAAGUAAAAAAUUUCAGUUCCCCAUUUACUUUUUCGCCUCAAAGUAGCCUAUGCUACUUCUAUUCAAGUAUGCUGUCACACGCAUAUCAUCAUGCCUCGGAGUCUGCUGUCUCAACGUUACAACGCUGAUUUGUUGGUAGAAAAUAAAAAAUUUGAUGGCCAAUUUUGUCGUUUGUUUUGGAACCCGUUCGCCACCAGCGAACACCAGCCAGCAAAGCCAUCGUUCAAACGUAAGCGUACACGGAAUAAAUUCCAAACUGCAGUAGGCGGCAGACAUCGUUGUUCCCUUUGCCCAGAUAUAUUCCGGUGGCCUGCUGAGCUGAAAUAUCACCUUGCGUACAUGCAUCGGGGCGAACAGCUAAACGUGUGUCCCGUACCGUCCUGUGGCCUUAACUUCCAGUUCCCGUAUCAGUUAACCAACCAUCAGCGCGACGCCAGUCACCACAACUGGCACGUGGUUUGCAAGGAGUGUAGCAAACGGUUCGGACAACGGCGGUUUUUAGCGCGCCAUACGGUUGCAUCGUGCAAUCGCUACAAGCUGGAACACGCGAAAGCGAACGAACACAGCGGCUACGAAGACAAUGUGGCUACAUAAAACACACAUACAUACAUACAUACACACACACUAAGAGACUGACAACAAUGGUAGCGAGCGCACAGCAUACAUAAAAACCGGAUUUUCCCACUAUGGGAUACUUUGUUGGGGUUUUGGUGUUUUUUUUUGUAUGCACACAGGAAAUGGAAACGGAAGUUAAUUUAGAUACCUCCAGCGCAUUGAAUUUUUGCUCCAUCAUACUGCAUUGCUUCGAAAACUGAUGACCCUAAUUCGAUACCGCAUCGCCUAUAUGGCACAAAUUUCAAACAUAACUGCUCCACAUGAUAAUUCCACAUUGUUUAACAAUAGCGAGGAAAAAAAUACAUAAAUAAAUAUCAUCGACACU